AUGAGUAGUAUGCAAGCCCAGAGAACAGAGCAAGGCCAAUCCCCUGUGGAUGUAUCUAUCGCUACCGAGCCGAAUAACAUUGAAGCGGUUCCCACGCUACUAAAGGAGAUUACACAAGCUUUUGAUAUCUUAACUACUAGCAAAGAAGGCCGAAAAGACUUACUUGCCAAAUGCCGCACCCUGGUUCAAGCCCUGGAGACUCCCCGAGAGACCAUGAUUUAUCACUGUUGGGCACAGACUGGUGCAAUGGCCGGCCUCAAUUUCGGUGUGGACUCAGGUUUGUGGACACUCAUGGCGCAAAACGGCGACAAGCCACAAAGAGUCGGCGAGUUGGCAGCGAAGCUUGGGGUUGAUCAUCUACUUCUGAGUCGUCUGAUGCGACACCUCAGUGCCAUGGGGUAUCUCAUCGAGAUUGGUGUGGACGAGUACAGGUUGACGAAUUACACGAGGGCGAUGAGCAUUCCUGUGAUUGGCAAUGGCUACCUCGCCAUGCUCUCCUGCACAAGUGCAGGUCCCAUGAGAUUUCACGAGUUCUCCCGAAAGCGAGGUUGGGUGAAUCCCACGGAUGCCAAAGACACGGCAAUGAUGUACGCCUACGGAACCAACAUGGAUACUUUUGCGUGGCAGCAAUCUCUGGGUUAUGGUACACACUUUAAUGACCACCUGAGCGGCUACGCACUUGGCCUUGUGCCUUGGAUGGCCCCUAGUUUCUAUCCAGUGAAAGAGAGACUGAUCGACGGGGCUAAUACUGAUCCAGAAGCUCCGUUUCUCGUCGAUAUUGGCGGCAACGUGGGCCAUGACUUGGAGCUAUUUCACAAAUUUUACCCCAGUGUCCCAGGAAAGCUGAUCCUUCAAGAUUUACCCGUGGUCAUAGGCCAAAUUCGGAACCUAAAUCCGGCUAUUCUCCGUAUGGAGUACGACUUCCAUACGAAACAGCCCGUCGAUGGUAAGGCCCCUACGGCACCACAAUGUCUUUUUUCUGGAGGCGAAAAUACAUACUCAAAACCAUUAGGCGCCCGAGCAUAUUAUAUGCAUAAUUGUUUGCACGAUUGGCCGGACGAUGUAUGCGAAAGGAUUCUUGCGCAAGUCAAAGCUGCCAUGAAGACCGGAUACAGCAGGCUAUUGAUUCAUGAGCACGUCAUACCGGAGACAGGUGCCUACUGGGAAGCCACAGCACUCGACAUGGUCAUGUUGACACUCCUGUCUGCUCAUGAACGCACCCACGCGGCUUGGUAUAACCUCAUUGAAACGAGGGCAGGCCUUAAUAUAAAUCAGAUUUGGAGCGGUGGAAAGGGUUCUCAGAGUCUGAUUGAAUGUGAACUGCCAAUCAAUGAAGCAAAUUAA